CAAAACCUAUCGUUAGUGUCCCAUCACAAAUAGAUCAAGAUCAAGUAUUUUUGGUGCGACGCUGAUUUUGGUCAGAAGAAAAUACAUUUUGUAAAAUUCUUUUACUAUUUUGAAGUACGCCAUGGCGUCGUUAGAUCUCUUAACACCGCAUUUAUCUAAAAUCAAAAUACCUGGUCCGCAGCAACUGAUUUACAAGGAUGAGUGUGUUUAUUCCUUUGACAAUCCGGAGUCAGACACAGGCCUAUACAUAUCCUUGGUGAGCUACCUCGGCUUCGGUCGCAACUACGUCGAGCAAUACUUCCAGAAGACAGGAAACAAUGUCUUUCUUCAUAUCAAGAGGGAGAAGAAGCCUGUCCCAGAGCCAGAGAAAACGGGCGAUGGUCCAGAGAAGAAGAUCACACGGUUAGCCAUCGGCGUAGAAGGGGGGUUCGACCCCGCUUGUGGCAAACCCAAGUUCACCUUCACAGACAUUUACAAUGUGGUGGUGCUGCCCGGCUUUCAUACGUAUCCCUGGCCUAAUCCUGCGUUGCCUGAAGUCGUGAACAAAGCAGUUCAGGCAGUGAUCGACGCGGAGUCUCCAUUCAAAAUCGCCGAGAUGGCAGCUCUUCAGGGCACGUGGGAUGGAGAGAAACGUGAAGUUUCUGUACAUGCGGUAGACCUGAAGCAGUUAGACAACGGCGUGAAGAUCCCGCCUUCAGGCUGGAAGUGUGACAAGUGUGAUCUGACCACUAACUUGUGGCUCAACCUCACUGACGGCUCCGUGCUGUGUGGCCGGCGGUUCUUCGACGGCUCAGGGGGCAAUGAUCAUGCUGUGGAACAUUACCGCGAGACGGGUUUCCCUCUAGCCGUGAAGCUUGGCACGAUCACGGCUGAUGGCAAGGGCGAUGUCUUCUCGUAUGCAGAAGACGAUAUGGUCGAGGACCCCUACCUGGCUGACCAUCUCAAGCAUUUCGGCAUUAACGUGCAGCAGUUACAGAAGACGGACAAAUCGAUGAUAGAACUGGAGUUAGAACUGAACCAACGAAGUGGAGAAUGGAACACUUUGCAAGAGUCGGGAAGCGAACUCCGACCGCUGUACGGGCCGGCACUCACCGGGCUGAACAACCUCGGCAAUACUUGCUAUAUCAAUAGUGUGGUGCAGGUAAUGUUCCGCAUGCCCGACUUCGUGCGUCGCUUCGUGGAUGGUGCUCCAGAAAUAUUCUCCACCUUCCCCGAAGAUCCCGUCAAUGAUUUCAAUGUGCAAACAGCCAAACUGGGUGUAGGGCUGAUCUCAGGUCGCUACUCGUUCCCGAGCGCUGAGGGCGGGUUCCAGGCGGGCGUGUCGCCGCACAUGUACCGCAACCUGGUCGGCAAGGACCAUCCCGAGUUCAUGACCAAGCGGCAGCAGGACGCACACGAGUUCUAUCUGCACUUCUUGUCAUUGCUGCAGCGCCACAGCCGCCACAAGCCCAACCCGGCGGACUGCCUGCGCUUCUGCGUGGAGGAGCGCGUGCAGUGCGGCGCGACGCGCGGCGUGCGCUACACGCGCCGCGCCGAGCACCACCUGCCGCUGCCCGUGCCGCUCGCCGCCGCCACCAACGCGCAGCAGCUGCAGCGCUACGAGCAGGCCCGCGCGCAGGCCGAGGCCAGCGGACAGAGGCUGGACCCGUCGCAAGUAGUGCGGCCGCACAUUCCGUUCCAGGCGUGUCUGGACAGCUUCAUGAAGGAGGAGACAGUUGAGCAGUUCUUCAGCAGUGCCGUCAACAAGAAGGUUACUGCUCACAAAAUCACUCGGCUAGCCACGUUCCCCGACUUCCUGCUGCUGCAGUUGAAGAAGUUCACCAUCAAGGAGGACUGGACGCCCGCCAAACUUGAUGUCGCCGUCGACAUGCCUUGGGAGGUGGAUCUAAGCUGCCUGCGCGGUCGCGGGCUGCAGCCGGACGAGACGCAGCUGCCCGACGCCGCGCCGGAGACGCCCGCGCCCGUCUUUGAUGAAGCCUUGCUCUCACAACUUUUGGACAUGGGCUUCCCCCUGGAGGCAUGCAAGAAGGCGCUGUACUACACGAACAACAGCGGCAUGGAGGCCGCCUCCAACUGGCUCAUGGAGCACAUGACCGACUGGGACUUCGCCAACAAGUUCACGCCGCCCGGCGCUGCUGGUGCAGCGGAAGUGGGCGCGGCCGGUGUAGACGAAGCAAGCGUGGAGCAGAUAAUGUGCAUGGGCUUCACUCGCGCGCAGGCGGCGCGGGCGCUGGGCGCCACGCGCGGCGACGUGCCGCGGGCGCUCGACUGGAUCUUCUCGCGGGCUGACGAGCUGGACGCGCCCGAGCAACCUGCUGUGCAGGAUAAUACGCAUGGCUGCAGGGACGGCCCGGAGAAGUACAAGUUGGUGGCGUUUAUCUCGCACAUGGGCACAUCGUCCAUGGUGGGCCAUUACGUGUGCCACGUGCUGCACGAGGGACGAUGGGUCAUAUUCAAUGAUAACAAGGUGGCCCUAUCAGAAAAUCCGCCCAAAGAUCUCGGCUACCUAUACCUAUACGAAAGGCUGUGAUGAUCAUGUAUAACUAGUGACUUGUUUGUACCAAAAAUCGCUGGCAAGGUUGUAUGGGAUACGAACCUCUGUGUUAGACUGCGUUUGUAUUAUGUAAACAAUAAGAGAUUUUAAUAAAAACAACUUUUAGGCGAUAUUUAUUUUAUAGAAAAAAACAAAUUGUUAAGAAAUUGAAUUAGGUUAAUAAAUUUUUUAUUAUCUAAUUAUUUUGCAUAGAAAAUGCUUUUGUGUUGCAAUUUUUACGUAAGACUUUUACCUGUUUUGUAGUUUGACAGUUACGUGUAGUUAUUGCAUUAGAAGUAAUCCUUGUAACCGCUUAGGCAUAUUGAAGGCAUUUCGUGUGUGUUUUGCACAAGGAAUCUCAAGCUAUAAUAACAUUUAACUUUUUUAAAUGUUUAUGUUAACUAAGCUGUACAUGAUUUUCCUGUAAUAACAAUCAGUUUUAUAACUGUACUGGAAGUACAAUCUAUUAUUCAUUAACAUUGCCGUACCUUGUAUCAAAUGCAUUUAUUGGUAAAGCAGCUUAGUGUUGGAUAAUUUUAUUGUAAAAUAUCAAAACAUCACUAAAACAACGAAAACUGAAAGUAAAUUAUUACAAAAA